AUGCCCACCACAUCUCGUCGAUCGACGCGGCUCAGUAUAUCGGAUGAUAGCGAUGUUCGUGCCGCGUCCAGCUCAACAAAGCGAAAAGCGGUCUCUUCCUCUUCUGCAUCCUCUUCCACUCGCUCCUCUGCUGCGUCUUCGGGCGUUAUUCCAACCGUAGCUGCGCGCAAUGCCUCCAAGAAAACAACAGACAGAAAGGAACGUCGUCUCGAGGAUCUCCUGGACGAUACGCUUGCCGGCGAUGAUACUCGCAGGCUAGAUAUCAGCAUGAGCGCAUUCCAGCCGGUCAAAGCAACGACAUCUGCGAGAGCGAGAGAAGACGCGGAGGCAGCGGCUCGCAAACUCAAGUCGGCAACAAGUCGGCGUGAAGAACCAUCAAAGACAAAACGAAAGCUUCGUCAAACCUUAGGAGACGAAUCGGAUGACGACUUCGUCUUCAGCCGUGAACCUGCUCGCAAGAACGCAACUGUAGCUUCGUCUUCAUCCUCAUCAGCAGCCGCUCGCUCAAGAGCGCAACCCAAUGCCGCUUCGACAGCCUCAUCCAACCGAACCGUCUUCGAGCCACUGCCGGAUGAAGCCGGAGGUGAGACACCCAUCAUCCGCCGAAAUCAGGCUUUCCGUGCUGGUCUCGAGAACAAGCCGCGGCGUCCGACGGGUCGCGAAGCCGAGCAACAGUCCCGCCGCACCAGUCUCACCCUCAAAGGUCAACGGCGUGUCUCGUCACUCCGCGAUGGAACCAUCGCCCAUCCACACGUCGACGUACCAGACUACGAGCUCUUCCGGCACUGCAGUGAUCAGCUACCGCCCGUCGUACGCAUGAAGCAUCUUGUUGGCUGGAUACUCAAACGAUCGCUCGACAUUGCCAUUGGCAAAAGCGAACUGCCUGUCCGUCCUCGUGACGCCGCCAAGAAGUCGAAGGGCAAAGGCAAGGAGCCCUACGAGCUUCCCGUGUUCAGCGAGGUCGAAUUGGAGCUCAUCCGAAAGAGGGAUUCGGAAUUGUCUGCCGUGCUCGAGCAGCUUCUCACCGAUCUCAACGAAGGCGCCUUUGGCAUCAGCUGGAUGGGUCAAAACGACGAGUCGGACAACAAGCAUAGGCAGCCGCAUCCUCGAAACGAGUCCAACCGCAAAGCCGCUGCUCAACUGUCGGCUGUCGUCGAUGCUAUGCGCAGCGAGUCGCAAGCCUGGAGCAAGGAGCUCACAAGACUAGAAGAUUACGAGGCCGAGACGGCUAGACUAGAAGCGAUCUUGCAGGAGGACGGCACAGCAGAGUCAGCUGAUGUGAUCGCAUGGGAUCGUCAAGACUUGGACGAGGCUGGGCUGCAACAACUGCGUGACGCCGAGGCCGCAGUCGAAUGGCUGCAACGCUUGAAAGGAGACGGCACCACGGAAGCCGUCAAGCCCAAAUCUCGCUCCAAGGGCCGCACGUCUAAAGCAGCCAAUGCACGCUCGGAUGACGAGGCCGAUCUCAAGGGCACGGAGCAUGAUCCGCGAUGGAACGAUGUCGAGUUCAACGUCGAUCUGCUGCGCUCACAGUCGCAUCAAUUCGCUCAACUCGAGUCGCUCGCCAGUCGAUACGUCCGCACCGUCUCCGCACACGCCGCCCAAGCACUGCGCGAUCGCACCUCGUCCAGCAGCGCCAUCGCCACCUCUUCCUCCAGCGCCAAGGGAGGUCGUCGCAAGACCGCUGCCGGGUCCAAGAACGGUCGAGGCGGCAACGAGCGUCUCGAGGUGCUGCUCAGUGGUGUCCGCGAAUCGCGUGCCAUUCCCCAGCCUGGAGCGGACGGCCGACCUAUCAAUGCCGCCGAUCAGAGCAUGGCCGAUGUCAGCGCGAGCAUGGCACAGGUCGAGCCGGACGAGAGCGACCCGCUCGACAUCCUUCGCGCGCUUGCGCGUGUGUAG